AUGUUUAGUUUUUUAAAGCGUGAGAAAGUCAAUCAAGAAAUUGUCGAGAAUGUUAUAGGCGAGUUGAAGAAAAUUUAUAAAACGAAGCUCUUGCCUCUGGAGGAACAUUAUCAAUUCCAUGACUUUCAUUCGCCCAAGCUCGAAGAUCCAGACUUUGAUGCAAAACCGAUGAUAUUAUUGGUCGGCCAGUAUUCCACGGGUAAAACAACAUUCAUACGUUAUUUAUUGGAACGUGAUUUCCCAGGCAUACGCAUUGGACCAGAGCCUACAACCGAUCGUUUUAUUGCUGUCAUGCAUGACGAGAAGGAAGGAAUAAUACCCGGGAAUGCUUUAGUAGUAGAUCCCAAUAAACAAUUUCGGCCAUUGAGCAAAUAUGGCAAUGCAUUCUUGAAUCGUUUUCAGUGUUCGACAGUAAAUUCGCCGGUAUUAGAAGCUAUUUCGAUCGUAGACACGCCAGGUAUUUUAUCGGGUGAAAAGCAACGUAUAGAUCGCGGUUAUGACUUUACCGGCGUUUUAGAGUGGUUUGCGGAACGCGUAGAUCGCAUUAUUUUAUUAUUUGACGCCCAUAAAUUGGAUAUUUCCGAUGAGUUUCGCCGUUCUAUUGAGGCGCUCAAAGGGCACGACGAUAAGAUACGUAUUAUUCUUAAUAAGGCAGAUAUGAUUGAUCAUCAGCAGCUGAUGCGCGUUUACGGUGCGCUAAUGUGGUCAUUGGGAAAGGUAUUACAAACGCCCGAGGUGGCGCGUGUAUAUAUAGGAUCUUUCUGGGAUCAGCCUUUACGUUUCGAUGCUAAUCGCCGUCUUUUCGAAGACGAAGAACAAGACCUCUUCCGCGAUUUACAAUCACUGCCCCGCAAUGCAGCUUUGCGUAAACUUAAUGAUUUAAUCAAACGAGCCCGCCUUGCAAAGGUGCAUGCGUUCAUAAUAUCGGAGCUACGCAAGGAUAUGCCUUCGGUUUUUGGUAAAGAUAGUAAAAAGAAGGAUCUAAUAAAAAAUAUCGGUCAAGUGUACGAUCGCAUACAACGCGAACAUUCAAUUUCGCCUGGCGAUUUUCCCGACACUAAGAAAAUGCAAGAAGUUUUACAACAUCAAGACUUUUCCAAAUUUCAUUCGCUGAAACCACAUCUGUUGGAAGUUGUAGACACAAUGUUAGCCAGAGAUAUUGCCCGUCUAAUGGAAAUGAUACCACAUGAAGAAGUCAGUCUAGUAUCGGAAUCAAUAGUUAAAGGUGGCGCCUUUGAAGGAGUUAUCGAUGACAACGUUUCACCAUUCGGAUAUAUGAAGGGAGAGGGAAUUGAUGCCGGUUACGGUGAACACGAUUGGAUUUGUAAUCGCGACAAAGAACGAACAGAUAAUAUAUUUAAUAAACUGGGACCUGUGGGUGGUAAAAUAUCGGGUCAAGCUGCCAAACAAGAACUAAUUAAAUCGAAAUUACCGAAUUCGGUGCUAAGUAAAAUUUGGAAACUUUCCGAUGUCGAUGGUGAUGGUUUUCUGGAUUCCGAUGAAUUUGCUUUGGCAAUGCAUUUGAUUGGCGUUAAACUGGAAGGCUGUGAAUUGCCGAAUGUACUACCCGAUCAUUUAGUACCACCGCUGAAACGUUGCUAAUGUUCCACCUUUUUUUUAAUCUAAAAUUCAUUAAUUCAAUGUAAUGCUUUGCAAUGCGUAGUAGUCACGUCUCUCUAUAUAUAUAUAUUUAUAUAUAUAUAUAUAUAUGGUUUCAACUAAUAAUUAUUAUUAUGUCUUGUGGUAAACGUGUGCACUUUUUGUUAGUUAGAAAGGAUGAAAAAAAGGAUUCGAGAGAGAACGAAGCAAAAAUUUUGUUUUGUAUUAACAUAAUUUUUGAUUUCAUUUCUUAUAAUGCGAGCAAUCAAUCUCUGUUGCUUACAUUACUCUUACUCUAUGUAUGUAUGUAUGUAUUAUGUGUACGCGUACUGUAAAAUCGUUACAAAGAAGUUCAAAAAACAAAACAAAAGCAAAAAAAAAAAAAA